CCUGCUACAGUAUGGAUCCUGCACCCAGCUCCGGGGACACUCUUAACUCUCAGGGGGGCGGGGUCCAGUCCUGAGGCAGUAAUAUAAGCCCCAGGAGGAAAGAACCCAGGAGGAAGUCAGCUGGACCCAGCAAACAGCUAAAACCCCUACACUAACUCCAUUCUUACUUUAUCUCCUUCUUGCUCCCAACCUCCCAUAUUAAUACUAUGAUGACUAUUCGGAGGCCAUGGACGAUCUCGGCUGCAGCGCUGCUGGCUCUGCUGGUCUGCCUAGGGGCUCUGGUGGAGGGCUACCCGUCCAAGCCUAACGCCCCGAGAAAGGACGCUUCCCCAGAGGAGCUCAGUCGCUACUACGCUGCCCUUAGGCAGUAUCUCAAUUUGGUCACCAGGCAGCGGUAUGGGAAGAGAGACACUACGGAAGCCAGGCUAGCUGAGAGUCUCUUUGUGGACAGCAGCGGAAACCAGUACAGCAAGUCUGGGUCAGAAGAGCCUUUUGUUUGGUGAUAGUUCCACCUUCAGAUUGAUCUCAUUUGCACAGCAGAACACUUCCCACAAGGCCAGGAUACUGCUGAAACUCUUAUCCUUCCACUCUUGGGGCAGACCUGUGGGCUUCCCGUUUGGCAAGCUCUAAGUCCUUCACCUCUGCACCUGCAGAAGGGAU